AUGUCAUCACACAACGACCUCCUCCAAUGCGUGGGUAACAACAAUUUCUUCUACCACUACAAACAAAAACUUAAUCCCGAAAAUUUAUUCGUCAACCUCCGCAACGCAGCAACAAGCUGGGGCACAGAAAGCAAGCAAUACAAAGAAAUCCAAAAGAUGGUUCAGGAUCUACUCCGAGAAAUGCAAGAUGCAGGCGAAAAGACGAAUCUAUCUGGGCUGAAGCAGAAGCAAUUGCAAGAGGCAGAUGAUUUGUCUGCAGCGUUUGAGAAGUUGGAUUUGCAGUUGAAAGAUCAGGAGGCGGCUGAAAGAAUGGAGGAGUAGAUCGAUUAUGAGAUCUUAAAGGGCGACAGGAGUUUGCGGUGCUCAUAGAUUGCAUUUCACGGUGUUCAGGGUUUGUGAGAUUCAAGAUAUGAUAAUGUGUAUUUUCCAUUUCAUCAUGACGUCC